CUAUUGGUACUUCUGUAAACAGCCAACCUCGGAGCCUAGGGGAGAGAGAGAGACAGGGAGCAGACAGACAAAGAAGGUUAAGAAACCAGUUUAAAUUAGAUUUAUAUCUGCAAUCGAAGAAGGAACAAACUGAAUGUUUAUCACCAGCAACGAGGAACAUCUCUCCAUCUCUCCCCUGGCUCUCUGAUGCACAACGACACAGCCUGUUCACCAUAUCUUAGUCACCUAGUGCCUCUUUACCUGCUAGAUCCAUUUUCCACUUCUCUAAUGCAAAAACAGGCCUAAACCAGCAAGACAGAAGAACACAAUUAUUCACCAUCAAAUUUAUGCACCACAGCUAAACAAAGGACACAGAGCUAAUUGUAAAAAUAUUCUCAAAUUUGACAUCUCAUCAAUAAGUGUCUCUUUUUUGAUUCAAAUAUUCAGAUUGCACUAAUAAAGGUAUUCAUUAGUGUUCUCAUAUUGCUUUAGAAUUUAGCGCUAUCAAAGUAAAUUAAUCAAAGCGAGCCAUUAGCAUUACUUGUCACCAUUAUGGCCUCCAUCACUCAGACACCUGUUCUUGAUAUCCCAGACAACCACAAAGAGAGCUGGCUUGCGCUACUCUCCGCUGCAGAAACUUAUUGCCAAAAAUCGGGCUGUGACCUGGCCAUCGUUACAGCCUGUAAGAAGUUCCAGCCAUCAGCUGCAGAGGGAGAAGGGAUAAGGCAAAGGGAGAGCAGUAGUGCCUUUCCUCGGAAGUGUGAUUACUCUUACAAUGUGUGGGGUCAAGGGGGUCUUGCUGAAUCCACGCUUCGUUAUUUGGAGGACAUUGCAGUGCUGCACUCAACAAGCGUGCUAACAACCCAAAGGCAUACAUGCCAGGCUAUGGGAGGAGGAACCAAGCUGAUGGUUGACAUACCUUCUGACACUGGACCCAGGGGGAGCUUUACAGUGGAUGGAGGGGAGGGCACUGUCAGUCCCAACACUAGACUGUAUUUGCAAAGCUAUCCGUCAAUCUACAGCUCAGGGGCUGUUACAGGCCAGACAGCUGGGCAAAAUGGUAAUGAAGAGAGGGAUCGGGAGAGGAGUGUGCUAGAAGCGGCUGAAAGAGGGAGACAGAGACCCGGUAUUGUGGAACUGGAGGAGGAGUGUGAGGAUGAGGAAGAGGAGGAGGACAUGGAUGAAAGAAGACGUAACCUGAAUGAAAGUGCUGGUGUGUUCUCUAUGGAUGAAGACUCAUUGUCUCGCGACUGUGAACCGUUCUUUGAAUCUGAUGUGGAAGAGGAGAGUACUGAUGGUUCCCUAAGUGAGGAUGCUCCCCCACCCUCACGUAGCAUGGCUAUGGGUCAGGCGACUUAUUCAUCCCGCCAUCCCCAUCCUAUGGCUCUGGCCCGCUCCUUGCCUGUCUCUGUGCCUGUGUGGGGAUAUAGAGGAAACAGAGCUGCUGAAGGAGACGGCAACAGUGGCGAACGGGUGGGUUGUGCUGAUCUAGAGCAUAUCGCAGCCAGCAUGAAGGCCCUGCUGGCCCCUGGAGCCACAGACGGGACAGAGAUGUUUGGAGCACUGCCCCGCCCACGUCUCAACACGGGCGACUUCUCCCUUAAACAUUGAAGCAUAAGGAAGGAAAGAGAAAAGGGAUAGAGUUGGGAAGAGAGAGAAAUGGUAGCAGUAAGAGAAUAUUGGAAUCGAGCGUGUGAUUUAAAUGUGCGAUGAAAGAGCUUGAUUGGCGGGCAGAAGUGAAGUAAAAGAUUCAAGGAUGUAAAAGUGGUACCUCCAGUUAUUUAUCACUAACCAAAAUUAAUGGCAUCUGCUUUAAGAAAUAAUGCACCAAAAGCAAUGCUGUUACAAACCCUUACCAUUCUCAACACUAUAGCCCUGUACAAGCUACAUACACAUCUUAGAACACUAGUUACCACACACCAUACAGCCAACACUACGUUAGGAUUGGACACUACAACUUUGUUUUGGACAGCCUAAAUAACCCAGUCAGUUAUGUUUGAAUGUGUGGGUUGAAGCCUAAACGGGUGGUGAGUUUUGAUAUGGUCGCAAUUAACGUAAAGCUUCUAAUUUUUUCAAGAUGUGAGUGGGGGACACCUAUGCCUCCUCAGAUGAUGCCUAUUUGUACUUUUACUUUUGCCAAUGAAUGACUGACUGAUAGAAUGAUUGUAAAUCAACACUAUCCAAGGUAUGAACGCCUUUCUGGUUAUGUGCUCCAAAUGUCUUCUGAAUGAAUGAGAAAGUGGAUUGAGUGUAAGAAAUAGUUUGACUUAAACGGAAAUGUGUCCAGCACCUCCGAUGUUUCAAAGCAGAUAUAUGUUCAUUUAAACACUUUUAUGUUUCAAUAAAGGAGGAACGCAAAAGGCUAGAGCUGUGAUUAUU